AUGACGACGAACAUCUUCCAACCAACUCCCAUUCACACCAACAAGACCACCACAUUGGCCCCUUUCCCCUUUCUUCAACGAGAAGUCCCCCAUCCAAACACCAAGACGUCUCUUUCCACAGUCAUCAAAACAGUCACCCUCCUCAGCACCCUCAGCCUAGCUCUAGCCGACGUAAUCACACCCCUCUACCCCAUCGCCGCCACCGACGGCGCCCUCAAAUGGCGGCCAGUCCUAGACUGGGACAAAGACACCUGCUACCACACCGCAGCCAUCGACCCCAACGGCAACACGAACCCCGGGCUCGAGACCACGCCUCAAGUCGGCCCUUGCCGCCAAGCAGACCGUCUCUCGCACUGCAACGCCUACUCGCGGGAGCGCUGCAACCACGGCUGGUGCGUGUACAUGUACGGGUAUUACAGCGAGAUGGACAACAAUGUGUGGGCGAAUGCGUAUGGCCAUCGACACGAUUGGGAGCAUGCGAUGGUUUGGAUCCGUGGGGAUGCGCCUUGGUCGGUUAUGUGGUCUGCGCAUGGGGAUUACUCCGACGCCGACGCCCGCGAAGUACGCUGGGAGGGCGAUACGCACCCCAAGCUCGUGGCUCACCACGGCGGUGCCAGGACCGGAUCCCUCAGGCUGGCUAAGGGCGACGAUGACAACAUCGAAAAUGACUUCGGGCGUUGGUUCACUUGCCAUCUGCAGUCUCGUGAGAAAAUGGAUGAUGGGAUUGGUCAUAAGCUCAUGACUACCAAUUGGGGUUCCGCCCAUAUCGACCUGACGGAUGAGAAAUUCCCCGAGGUCUUGGAGAAGUAUAUGCCGAAGCAGGCGCGGGCUGAUGGGUUUGAUGCGUGGCAUUGA